CUCCACUCAGCCGGGAGACCGAGGCGCUGCACUGAGCGCUUGCCGCCGCCCAGCCUCGACUAGCGCGCCUCCCAUCUCCUCACAGAACAGCCGCAAGCGAGAAGAGGUCCCGAGACUGAGCGAGUCUUUCUAGCUUUUACAUUCUUGCUUCUUUUCCUUCCCUUCCCACUUGUGUGCGAGCGAGUGUGAGCCAUGGUGAAGCGAGCCUGGACUCUGCAGUAUACUGCUUUCGCUCUCUUUUGCGCUUGGUGUUCACUGAACAGUGUAAAAGCAAAGAGGCAGUUUGUGAAUGAAUGGGCGGCGGAGAUCCCCGGGGGACCAGAGGCAGCCUCGGCCAUAGCCCAGGAGCUGGGCUAUGACCUUUUGGGUCAGGUGAUAUGGGCUGAACAACAGUAUGAAAAAGAGAGAAGUAAACGUUCAGUUCUAAGAGACUCAGCACUAAAUCUCUUCAAUGAUCCAAUGUGGAAUCAGCAAUGGUACUUGCAAGAUACCAGGAUGACUGCUGCCUUGCCCAAGCUGGAUCUCCAUGUGAUACCUGUUUGGCAAAAAGGCAUCACAGGCAAAGGAAUUGUUAUCACUGUAUUGGAUGAUGGCUUGGAGUGGAACCACACAGACAUUUAUGCCAACUAUGAUCCAGAGGCUAGCUACGAUUUUAAUGAUAAUGACCAUGAUCCAUUUCCCAGAUAUGAUCCCACAAAUGAGAACAAACAUGGGACCAGAUGUGCAGGAGAAAUUGCCAUGCAAGCAAAUAAUCACAAGUGCGGGGUUGGAAUUGCAUAUAAUUCCAAAGUUGGAGGAAUAAGAAUGCUGGAUGGCAUUGUGACUGAUGCGAUUGAGGCCAGUUCAAUUGGGUUCAAUCCUGGACAUGUGGAUAUUUAUAGUGCGAGCUGGGGCCCUAAUGAUGAUGGCAAAACUGUGGAGGGGCCAGGCAGACUGGCCCAAAAGGCCUUUGAAUAUGGUGUUAAACAGGGGCGACAAGGAAAGGGCUCCAUCUUCGUCUGGGCUUCUGGGAACGGGGGGCGGCAAGGUGAUAACUGUGACUGUGAUGGGUACACAGACAGCAUCUACACCAUCUCCAUCAGCAGUGCCUCCCAGCAGGGCCUGUCUCCCUGGUACGCUGAGAAGUGCUCUUCCACACUGGCUACCUCCUACAGCAGCGGGGAUUACACGGACCAGCGAAUCACGAGCGCUGACCUGCACAACGACUGCACAGAGACCCACACGGGCACCUCAGCCUCCGCACCCCUAGCCGCUGGCAUCUUCGCUCUGGCCCUGGAAGCAAAUCCAAAUCUCACAUGGCGAGAUAUGCAGCACUUGGUUGUCUGGACCUCUGAGUAUGACCCAUUGGCCAAUAAUCCUGGAUGGAAAAAGAAUGGAGCAGGCUUGAUGGUGAAUAGUCGAUUUGGAUUUGGAUUGCUGAAUGCCAAAGCUCUGGUGGAUUUAGCUGACCCCAGAACCUGGAGUAGCGUUCCUGAAAAGAAAGAAUGUGUUGUAAAGGACAAUGCCUUUGAGCCCAGAGCCCUGAAAGCCAAUGGAGAAGUUAUCAUUGAAAUCCCAACAAGAGCUUGUGAAGGACAGGAAAAUGCUAUCAAGUCCCUGGAACACGUGCAAUUUGAAGCAACAAUCGAAUAUUCCCGAAGAGGAGACCUCCAUGUAACACUCACUUCUGCUGCUGGAACCAGCACCAUACUGUUGGCUGAAAGAGAGCGGGAUACAUCUCCUAAUGGCUUUAAGAAUUGGGACUUCAUGUCUGUGCACACGUGGGGAGAAAAUCCCAUAGGUACCUGGACUUUGCAAAUAACAGAUAUGUCUGGAAGAAUGCAAAAUGAAGGCAGGAUUGUGAACUGGAAGCUGAUUUUGCAUGGGACGUCUACUCAGCCCGAGCACAUGAAACAGCCUCGUGUAUAUACAUCCUAUAAUACUGUUCAGAAUGACAGAAGAGGUGUGGAGAAGAUGGUGGAUUCAGGGGAGGAACAACCCACACAAGAGAUCUUGAAUGAGAAGCCCCCGACAUCAGAAAGCCCCACCUUCGGCAAUGUGGAGGGCAGAAGGGGUGAUGUGGCAGAGGGCGCACCCUCCGAGGCCAUGCUACGGCUUCUACAAAGUGCUUUCAGCAAAAACGCAUCCCCAAGACAAUCACCAAAGAAGUUUCCAAGUGCAAAGCUCAACAUUCCUUACGAAAAUUUCUAUGAAGCUCUGGAAAAGCUGAACCAACCUUCCCAGCUUAAAGACUCUGAGGACAAUCUGUACAACGACUACGUUGAUGUUUUCUAUAACACAAAACCUUACAAGCACAGAGACGACCGGCUGCUGCAGGCGCUGGUGGACAUUCUAAGGGAGGAAAAUUAAAAUCAGUGUACGGCCUGAGUUGGAAAUAGUCAUGCUUCUUCCUUCCCCUUAGAUUUUGCCUGUAUCUGGUGUAGUUGUUUUUGUCACUGAUUCUUAUGCUUAUAAAAUCCUUUGUAGUAAUUUUCAUUUUCUCCCCAAGAACAUUCAAAAGGGACAAGCUGAAGUAGUAAAUCCAUCUUCCUAAACUGAUUAUAGCUCUUUCAAAAUGUGUCUUCCCUGCCUGCACAAGUAAAAUGGUUUGUUCUUUCUGCAACCACAGUUCACACAUGGUCCUCAUACCACGUUAGAACCCUUUCUAGGCACCCCCUGUUUAAUUUCUCAAAAGGAAAGGUGCAACCUGGGCAGUGAGUUAAUUUGAAAAGUAAUCUGAAAAGAGGAGAGAGCAAAACUGUUCCUAUCUUGGCCCCUAUCUUUGCCAUGUGGAUAGUAGAAUUUUGAUGCCAAGGUUUAGAAAGUCUAAUGAAAGAGUCAUAAUUAGAAUUAUAUUCUAGAUCUUUCUACUCCAAAGCACCACUCAUUAACCAAACGGAUGACUGUCUGGUUAACUGAGGAGAAAGAUUGCUGGUAUAAUUACAAACCAGACCUGGAAAUAUGUGAUAUCAGCUUUGAAUAAUUCUAGAACACUCUAUCCAGAGUGCCCUACACAGGCCUCCACAGACUUAAAGGUAAGAGUGACUCAGGCUGUGUGCUGGCCUUCUUCACCCUCCUCUCCAUCUAAAGGUUUCUCAGCAACAAAAUAAAUACUAUUUCUACCCAUAGAACAAACCUUCAUUUGGAACUUGUGGCAAAUUCCUAGCCACAUUUUUUUUUUUUUCUAAAUAAUCCUAACAAGAAAUCACUCAUAACAGAAAACCAAUAUAAUGACAGGAAAAUAUUCAUCACAAUGAGAAUCAAUUAGAGGUAUUUUGAAAUUGUAUUUAUUAGAACAGCUUUUUCUAGGUCUUUGAAAUUGGGUUCAUUCCCAGACACUAGAGACCCUUCUCUGCCUUAUAGCUGAUAGCAUCAAAUUGUCACCCAAUUAAUUUCUCCCAAGCUUGAAUUCAGAGGAUACAAGCUGGCAGCUCACAGGCUGACUUUGUGCCUCAGGUAGAGUUUAUUUGGCAUGUGAAAUGUUUAUAAAUAUGAGUGAUUGCUGAACACACAUGAUUUCAUAUAAAACCCAGCUCCCAGACACAUCUUUCCCCCUGGUAACAGCUGGCUGGAGCAGAAGAGCCGCAGCCCAGUUCAACUUAAUGCUAGGUCCUGUGGCCCCUGCUCACACGGCUCCCAGCUGCCACCACACUUGUCAGCAUUCCACUGGCAUCAGAUUGUUCGCGUUCCUGUGCUCAAUGGGCAGGUAAAAUGCAUAAAUGCAUUAGGAGAAAAAUUCCACAACUCCUUUCAGGCAGGACCCUAUAAUAAUAAUGAUGAGUAUUUCCCAUGAUCUAAUUAAUUGAUAAACCCAAAAUGGUAUUUUGAAAGUCCAUCUGAAAUCCAGUUUGAUGUGUUCAUUUAAUCUUACCUCACCUACAUAUGCACAUUAUACUAAUUCACUAGCUAUCAACCCCAACCUCCUAUUCUAUAUCUGCUCUUAAAACUUCUAAUUGCCUAUUGGAAUGUGCUGUCUGCAAUCCUGCCAAGACAUUUGAACUUCAUCAGCCCACACAUGGCACUGAACUGGACCAGGAAGAAAACACUAGUCAAUCACUUACUUGGGUUUGAAUUGCAGGUGGCCAUGUUUACCCCUAUUCUACUUUCACCCCCAAUUCUACAAUUUGAAUUUAGGAAGAAUGAGGGGGUUUCCAAGGUAAUACCUGUGAUGAUUAGAGGAUGUUCUCCUUAAUGGAAUUGUAAUUGCACUGUGUCCUUGAAGUUUGGUGUGGUAUUUGAUAUAUAAAGUAUUGGAUAUAAUUUUUCAAAUUGCAUCAUAUCAAAAAGCAUCUUUGAGGUAUUAGAUACAUUUUCAACUAAAAAGGAUCUUUGAGGUAUUAGAUACAUUUUCAACUGAAAAAAAAAAA